AUGUCUACCAUUUCGUUUUCCGGGGCGACCAUCAACAACUACGGCACGGUGGUGGGGGCCGGCGGUGGGGCCCGGUGGUCGGGCGGAAUGCGCCUCGCCAGCGCUGAAGGUGCUGACAAGGCCCCUGAGACUGGCGGCAAAGAUAGCGAGAUGGGGGGUCUUCCCUCCGAAACUCCUUCGUCAAUGCGUGUCGCUUCUUGGGCUUCCAAGCUUGCCGCCUACAACAAGAAGUCCACCAUCAAGGCCGUUUUUGGCCUUUUAUUAUUUUUAUAA